AUGUCGAGCUUGCAUGGCGUGGUGACAGCGAUGCUGAUUCUUGAGACUGCUUCUCAAGAGGCAUGCAGGAUCGGAAGCUGCAGAGAGUCGGUGUCAGUUGGCAUUGUGGGCGCAGGGCUCGUUGGACAAGAAGUCUUGAGGCAGCUCCGUGUUCUGGACACUGAACGUGCAGGCGGUUGGAGCGCAGUGGCCGUUCUGCGCUCUCAGCGCAUGUGGCUUCAAAACAUACAGGAGGCAAGCGACGAUUUCAUGAGCAUGCCUGGCGAGCCGACCAAUUUCACAAAGUUUAGUGACUUCAUGAGCGCUCUUCCAGGUCUGCGGGUGAUCAUGGACUGCACCCCUUCAGAAGAGCCAGCUGACCUCUAUGAAAAAUGGCUUGCCGCAGGCAUCAACGUGGUCACUGCCAAUAAGAAAGCCGGCAGUGGCAGCCUGAAGAGAUACAAAGCGAUCACGGAGGCUGCACGGCUGGGGCAGAGCCAGUUUCUCUACGAGGCCACGGUUGGAGCAGGGUUGCCAGUGCUGACGACCUUGCAAGACAUGGUUCGAAGCGGAGACGAUGUUCAUGUAGUUGAAGGCCGACGGGUUUCCUUGCUGCCGAGCUUGCGAGCUUGCACCGAUCGCGCUGAACAGAUUCAGCCCAGAGUUGCAGAAUGA